AUGGUUUGCAGCGACGCAACAGGCGUAUUGACCGUUUCGGACGCGGCCACGGAACUUGGUGUGUCGGGAACCUCAAGGAAACCAGGACUUGCAACCCAGUGGUGGGCGCCGCUUCUCCUUCAGGCUGCGCCGUUGGUCCUCCCGCUGACUGCCAGUUUUCAUUGUGGGGCGCGUGGUCCACCUGCAGCGCCAGCUGCGACGGUGGCAUGCACUCACGGACGCGGAGCGUGUCGGUGGAAGCCGUUAACGGGGGCAAGGCCUGCAUCGGAUCGCUGGCGGAAAUCCGCGAAUGCAACCGCAACGAGUGCUCCAUGCCGCCUCCACGUGAUUGCAAGCUGGGCGACUGGCGCGAGUGGGGAGCAUGCAGCAAGUGCAGCGGACAGCGAUUCCGGAGCAGAAACAUCCUGGAGUAUGCUGAGAACGGAGGGCUGA